AUGACGGGACCUUAUUUAUCGCACAUGGACUCGGACAACAACAUGCCGGGUGUGAACGGAGAAAUCAAGAAAGAUGGCCUUGAAACUGAAGAGGAAAAGCGAGAUCUUGGUUCAAAACCGAAGAAAUUGGAAGAGAAAAGUUCUAAGACUCGAAAAACGUCUGAGGUUUCAGUAUUAGAUGCGGAACGACAGUGUUUAGUGCAACGACCAUCCGAUCAGCAAUGGCGUACGUUCGAAAAAUUUUGCUGACUCACUUUCGUUCUUUCUCGUAGCUUCGGUCCGUUGUUUGUUAAUUUUUUCACUUUUAUUAAUAGAUCCUGCUGAAAUCAUACACAUAAGACCGGUAGAUGAGGGAAAAUCGGAGUAUUACGUUCAUUAUCAUGGAUGUAAGUUACUUUAUUUCGCUUUCUGUUGAUAUAUUGCAAAGCUUUUCAUUUUUGUGAGAAAGGCUCCUUAAAAAAUCUCACAACAUAGUAAAGAUAAUCGACCUUUUUCUCCUUUGUGAUGUUUUAUCUGGGCGGUGGGUUUGUAUUCCUCCCUAAAAGUGAUAGAUGUCACUGUUACUAUUAACAAUAUGACGUUUUUAUUCCCAGAAUGUGACGUCGCUGAGAACGUGACGUCAUUAAAAUCUGCUUUUUUUUUAUUUAGACCUAGGUUAAAUAUUUAAACUUGUUACUUUACACAGAGGACUUAUUUUCCCAUAUUUUUGCGAUCACAGUUAUCAAACCAAAUUAAUUUUCUUUUUCUGUAUUCUUUAGUUGACUUUAGAGGCAGUUGUAAUUUGAAUGGAAUCAGUCUUAAACCUGAUCUAUCCAAGUUUCUAAAAAUUUCCAGAUAAAAACAAAAAUUUCAUUUUCUAUAAGCUCAAGUCUUGUUUUAGUAAAGGGAAGAGUAAAUGUGAACUUGUGAAUGACAUUUUUAGCAAAUUGCAUCAGACUGUUCAACAAAAAUAUAGUUGCAAGUUAUCGACAUACAGUGUUCAAAAAAUGGUCCCUGUCAUUGAAGUCAACAGACGCCUGGAUGAGUGGGUCCCAAUGGAAAGAGUUGAUCUUCAACAGAAAGACGUCCACAUGCAUGUUCCAAUUGUAGAGGAGAAAAUUGACAUUGAAGGUCCAGAAAGGAAACUAACGAGAAAUCAGAAACGCAAACAUGAUGAAAUUAAUCAUGUUCAGAAGGUAAGUUGAAAGGAAAUAUCAUAAUUUUAAAUUUUUAAAGGUUAUCUGCGCACUUGAUGUAGUUUAGAUAUUCCAUUUUUUUUUUAACAUUGAUGAUCGUAAACUUUGUCAUUUCCACGGAUUGAUCUUUCAUCAAAGUUGAAAUUCUUUUGUAGGAUUCCAAAUAAGUCCCAAUCCCAAAGUUGUCUAUACAUCAGUACACGGGGAGUUUUGUUUUUUGGUUUAGAAGUCUGUUGUGUUUUUGUAAGAAUAAAUUUUUGUUUUUGGAAUUUGGCUGAAAAUUUUACGAGGGACUAAGUUUUUAGAAAGUCAACUCAGCAAUUUUCGUAACCUGUAUGACUCUACGAGACAGUCGACUUAUAAGGGCUAUUGCACUAAAUUCUAUCAGAUCUUAGAUAGAAAUACUUGCCUGAAACAACAUAAUCAGAAAGUAAAUGGAAAUGAAUGAAAAGCAGAUGUAUUAAUUAGAAAAUAAAUGUAGCAAUUUUCUUUGAAUUAUUUUUUUAUUUCUGUUAGAAAUUAUUUUUGCACAUUAAGGGCAGUCUGUGAAAUAUACAAAAAUCAAAACUGCCUAAGUUUCUUAGCUAUAGGGCAUAGUCUUAAAAAACAUGGUGGACUGUACCUUUUAUAAAAAUUUGUUACAUCAAGUUGCCCCUUUUUACCCAUUUUAGUUAUACAUUGUUAUACAUUGGUUAUGGUGGUGUUAAUACAUGCCCCAUGUGUAUAAGAAACAUCUUGCCAUAACCCUUUACACUCUAACAUCAGUAUGCUUAUUUUCCAUACUGUUCUCUAUACAUUUUCUGAUGUACUGGCAAGGAGAAUUUGUUUAAAACUCAAGAGGUUCUUCAGUUGAUUAUCAUUUCUUUUAUUCUCGUGACCUUAAUGUUUGAUUCAGGGAUGAUAUUGAAAGGAGAAAUUAGAUGCUAGUCACUCUCAGGGAUUAAAGUGUUAAAUCAUUUCCUUACAGACCUAUGCAGAAAUGGAUCCUACAACGGCAGCCUUGGAGAAAGAACAUGAAGCUGUAAGUUUGUAAUUUUUUUUUUUUUUUAACUAAAUUAAGGUUUUUUUGAAGUUAUUUUGUAAUAAUCUUAACACACUUUUACCUGGCAGUGAGAAUUUAAGUGGUGAUCUCUGUGAGACCUUUUGCAACAUUGUUUGACCUCUUGCAACAUUGAAAAUUUCAAAAGUUGACAAGCUCGCUCCUCGUAACAAACUGCACUCAGUAAGAAAUUGUUAGUAUUCUCAAAUUGUGUAAUAAAGCUAUCUUACUAUCUUACUUACUUAAGCAUUUCAAUUUUGAGACGUGUUUAUUCAGAGGUUCGCCAACAUUUAUUUAAAAACACCCGUUAGACAGCUUUCUGAAAUUGGUCAAAAGUACUCUUUCUUUCUCGGGUGAUAUUUCUCAAGUUCAGACCAGACCACUGGAAACUCUAAUUGAUUUCUUCUAAUGAAAUGUUUGAAAGCAUAGAAAUAUAAAAACAUCUUGCACUUGUUAAUUUCAACAUUAACAUUUUAAACUGCUAAAUUCAGGCAAAUGAUUUUGUCUCCUUAUGAAAAAGGUGAACAAAGCGUAUCAAAUAUCAUAUUGAUUAGUGUUCAACGUGUUAAUGAGAAACUUUUUGUAAAAAUAGUGGUUUCUGUUCUUCUAUAUUUGAGUUUAGAGAGCAAAGUGCAAGAUGUUUUCACAUUUCUAUGCUUUUGAACAUCUUAGCAGAAGAAAUCAACUAGAGUUUUCAAUGGCCUAGUCUGGUGUUUUUCAAUAAAAAAAAAUAUUUCUUACUGGUGUUUUUUAAUAAAUUAUGGUGAACCUCUGAAUAAACACAUGUCAAAAUUGAAAUGCUUUCCAAGCCUUAUAUAUCACUCAAUUUAGGAAUACAAACGAUUUCUUGCUGUAUGUAGUGUGUUAUGAGGAACGAGCUUCUCAACUUCUGUAAUUUUCAAUGUUGCAAGAGGUCAAAAAGGGGCCUUUUGCAGCUUUGAUUAUUGAGAGCUCUCAAAAUUUUUGUCAAUGUAUUUCCAGAAAUCAAUGUGGUUUUAUAUACUUAAUACCAAAGAUAGUUGAAUGGGCAAAGUUUGAGGCAAAACCUUUUUGCCAUGCAAAACCCCUUGGAUGGCUCUUUCAGAGAUCAGCACAUAAAGUUUUCCACAGCACUGAAAAGAUUGAAAAGUGAAUAGCUCUCAAGGAUGCAGCAGAGGUUUAUUAAUGCUCCUGUUUUGUUUGUUUGAUUUUUAUGUCUUCUAAAGAUCACCAAGAUAAAAUAUGUAGAUAAGAUCCAGUUUGGCAAAUAUGAGAUUGAUGCUUGGUACUUUUCACCCUUCCCUGAGGAAUAUGGAAAGCAGAAUAAACUGUGGGUCUGUGAAUAUUGCAUCAAGUACAUGAAGUUUGAGGAAACAUACAAAAAGCACUUGGUAAGGAUUAAAACAGGGGAUACCUCUGGCUAAAUUACGAGAUGCCAGUACCAUCAUAACAAGCCAUCUGUUGGUAAAACCACUAUGUUGAUUGAAUGUCAAUGUCUUCCUCGAUACAAUAUCUGGCAUCCUUUUGUUAAAAGUCAUGGUGAUUUUACCAAUGUCAAACCAUGUCUUAACCCUUUAACUCCCAAGAUCUGAUUGUAAAUUCUCCCCAAUAGAUGCCACACAUUUCCUUGUUAAUUAGUUACGAGAAUUUGGUGUUUAAUCAAGGUAAUAACUUGUACCUGAUGAGUUUGAGUAUUCUCAUUACCUGUUUGCUGAAUAAUGUAUGGAUACUCUAGGGAGAAGUUACAUGUUUAUCACUUUUGGGAGUUAAAGGGUUAAAAUGUAAUCAUAUAGAAUAGUAGUAGUGGUUUUAGCUCAGAAACCAGUCUCCUGGUUUCAUUCAUUUCCUGAUACAUAAAAUUAUUUAUAUGAAGUACUUGAGUUUUUACUUGUCUUGUAAUAUUCCUCAGCUUAUGUUGGCUAUAGCUAUAUAAAAAAAACUCUGGACUUUCUGAGCAGUAGGAAGAGCCCAACACUGGGGUAUGUAAAUAAAUGUAUGACUUUAUUGUAUUAAUUUUUAUUCACUCUGUGAUUUUCUGAUCUUAUAUUAGGGAAGGUGUAGCAUGCGACAGCCUCCUGGGAAAGAAAUAUAUCGCAAAGGAACAAUUUCAGUGUAUGAAGUAGAUGGGAAGGAAAAUAAGGUGCUGGCUCUGGUAUUUUGUUUUAAAACUUGAGUUGUUAUUUUUGUACUUUUUCUUUACAGAGUUGAAUUAAACUGAUGAAUUAAGACUUUAGUGUUGCCAUGCAUGUUGUGUUUUUAAUAUAUGAUAGUACAAUAUUACAGAGUAUGUGGAAAUAUUUUAUACAUGGAGCCACAUUUUUUAUACCACUUGCUAGAGAAGAAUUCAAGAACAAGUCAUUAAGAGGGUGUGUGUGUGUACUUAUCCUCUCCUACUGUUUGUAAUUUCUUUAUACACUACUUUAACUCUUCAAUCCCCUUGAAUUACCAAGACAGACUUUCUCCUCACAAUAUCAAUACAUUAUCAAGCAGACAAGUGAUGAGAAUCAGGAAAAAUAUCAAUUAUGGGAUUAUUUGUUGAUCCAGUACUAACUUCUGUUAAUUAACAACAUAAGAAUUGUAUAGCAGGCAGUAAGGAGAUUUACUAAUGAGAUCUUGGGAGUGAAAGGGUUGAGAAGUUUACUCGCGAGCAUACUUCUACUGCUACUUAUAAGUGUGGGUAAACUAAUCUUUUUCAUCCUUGCAGUUAUAUUGUCAGAACAUUUGUCUCCUUGCGAAAUUAUUCCUGGAUCACAAGACUCUGUACUUUGAUGUGGAACCGUUCUUGUUUUACUUGCUAACUGAAGUGGACAGAGAAGGUGCCCAUCUAGUUGGAUACUUCUCCAAGGUAAAGAUAGACUGUAAGUUUGUAAUGGAGGGUGAACAACUCAGUUCUUGAUUAACCCUUUAACUCCCAGGUGUGAUUAACAUGGAACUUCUCCCUAUAAUAUCCAUACAUUAUCCUGCAAACAGGUCAUGAGAAAACUCAAACUUAUUAGGCAGAAGUUGUUAUCUUGAUCUAACCCUAAAUUCUCAUUUUUAUAACUGAUUUACAUGGAAAUGUGUAGCAGCUAGAGGGGGGAAUUAACAAUCAAAUCUUGCUGGCUUGCUAGCCUUUUGAGUUGUGUUUUCCCCCAUAGGGUGUUUUUCUAUGUAGUGACAUAGAAUUGAAAGGAGAAAGUUUGCAAUGCAACACCUUUUUGUUUUUUUUUUUGGCAGGGGGAGGGGGGGUUUUACUCUGCCCUUCUUCUUUAGAGCACUUUUCAAUUCAGUGACAAAAACCUGAACUAGAAAUUUGCAACGGAACACUCUCAGUCCACUCUCCUUUUUUCUCUUUUAGAGUGCUUUUCAGUGAUAUCAAAACAAGCUUACAAUUUUGUACUACAUUAGCUGGGCUAUGUUUUGUUAGGCAGUAGAAUAAUCUAACUUACUUUUGAAAGGAAUUAUUUAUUUUCCUUCAUCCCAGGAGAAAGAAUCACCGGAUGGUAACAAUGUAGCGUGUAUACUGACUUUACCACCCUAUCAGCGAAAAGGAUAUGGAAAAUUCUUGAUAGCCUUCAGUAAGUGCAAAUCACAUCUGCUACUUGAAGUUCUGCUCUGUCCAUAAAACAGGGACUUCUCAGUGGAUUACAACGUGAUUAUUUUUAUCUGAUGGUUUUGUUAGGUUAUGAAUUGUCCAAAAUCGAGCAGAUGGUUGGAUCACCAGAAAAGCCCUUGUCAGAUCUUGGCAAGUUAAGUUACAGAAGCUACUGGUCCUGGAUUCUACUGGACAUACUGCGGAACUUCAGAGGAACACUUUCCAUUAAGGAUCUUAGGUUUUUGUAGAGUUUGUAACUAUUGUCUCGGCAUGGGGAAAUUGAGGACUUUUUAUAGUGGAAAGUUCACUUGGGCCUAAUGCAAAGGAUUGUUGAGAGAGGUCAUGAAAGUUCUUGAUUGGGUCCUUGGCAAGACAAUUAAUUAUCCCAGUGGCUCUCUGCAUCUAGAAGUAUUGGGUAUUGGGUACAGGCAUAACUUGGUGAGGGGGGGGGGAGAGUCCUGUGCUUGUCUCACUUCCAUACUAAGAGGAGUAGCAAUACUUCUACUUGCGUCCCAUAAUCCUUAAGUGUGACUGGCUUCUAAUGUCUCCCUAUGGUAUCGCCUUGAAUCAAAUGUUGAAGUCAUGAGAAUAUAAGAAAUGAUCUCUAAUUUAAGAAGCUCCUGGUUGUCAAACAAAUUCUCCUUGUUAGUGUAAUAGGAAAUGUGAAGAGAACGGUACGGAGAAUAUGCAUACUGAUGUUGGGGUGUAAAGGGUUAACCCUCUAACUUCCUUGAGUGACCAAGACAGAAGUUCUCCUUACAAUAUCAAUACAAAAUCAACCAGAUGAGUAAUGAGAAUAAAGAAAAAUAUUAAUGUGGGGGAUAACUAGUUGAUCAAAUACUAAAUUCUCUGAACUAACAUUAUGAGGAUUGUAUGGUUGACAGUAAGGAGAAUUACAAAUUUGUCGUGGGAAUUAAAGGGUUAAUAGAAGAGGUUGCGACAUCGGAAUGAUCACAAUGUUUGUUAUUGGCGGCAUUUAUUCAUUAGCAUUCUCUCUCCUUUUUAUUUUCCGAAGUAACAUGACAAGUAUUACACAGGAGGACAUCAUCAAUACAUUGCAGUCGUUGAACAUGGUGAAAUACUGGAAAGGUCAACAUGUGAUAUGUGUCACGCCCAAACUUGUCGAGGAGCAUGUCAAGAGUGCACACUACCGCAAACCAGUACUGUCAGUAGACACGUCAUGUCUGAGGUGGGCUCCACCAGGAAAGAAAAUCAAAAAGUUGAAGCAUUGAACUGGUGUGACCAACAACAAGAUAUAGGAACCGAUCAUAAUUAGGUAGUUGUGGUCUGCAUGGGAAGGCUAAGUAACGAUAAACUGGAAGCACGUUGAGGUGUGAAGAUUUCCAAUAACUAGAGGGAUUUUCUUGCUUGGGUGAUCAAUAGAGUUGGAAAGUUACAUAGUCCGAGAGUUGUGAAUGAUUUUGGUCUUCAGUUGCGUUUUGUCUUCUGUGAGUUUCACUCGGUAUACAACCUUCAAGGCUUCGCAGGAGAAUGACUAUCGACUUGAGAUGUGGAACAAAAACAUCUAUUUGUUUAUAGUAUUACGUCUAAGAGCUGAUAUAGCAAAAAACCUGAAGCAGUUGAGGUGCGUUGUCGCGUAUCAGGGAAAACUUAGGUAAAUUAACAGGAAAUACUUUAGCAAUUUGAAAAGUAAACGACCAUGUGGACUAGUAUAGAUUACGUGAUGAUAGGCCUGGAAAAUGUGAAAAGCGUUGUUAAAGUACAGUUACAUAUUGGCCAAGACUACUGGGCAUUGUGUCGGAAACUGCUGUGAGUGAUAAAGAACAAGGCAUCGUUUAGCUUUUAUGGACGUCAAGGUCGCCAUCAGAGCUAACGUGUAAGCUGCUGUUUUAAUUUUGAAACUGCAUUUCGUGCAUAAGAUCCAUCUACCCACAAAGAAUGAAAUACAGACUUU